AUGUCAAAUCCGGUAUGGAAUAUACUUAGUGGAUGUUGACCUCCUGUGGGAAAUAGCAACUUGUUUACGGAGUCCUUGCGUGUUUUCCUUUUUUAUUAAAGAAAAUGAUUGCUUAUUUAUUAAUUAUUUAGUUUGCACCUGUAUGUAUAGUUUUUAAUAAUCCUUAAUUUUUAUAUUUAUGUUUGAAUUCUUCUUAGAAAAUGAUUGGGAUAUUUGCCAAGAUAUUUAUUGUUGACUAAUGGGGGAAGGAAAAAAAAGUUUCUUGUGUGAAUGUGCGUCUUAUCUUGUAGCUUUGUGCAUAUCCAGUAUCUGUGUGUAGGGCUAUAGGGAUACGUCGUAGACCCUGUUGCUUUCACAUUUUCAUCCUUCAUUUAUAAAUUAUACGUAAAGACCUCCUUCUUCUUGCCAGUGAUGCCUCCUUGUGUCUUGCAAAGAAAAUGGGACAAGCUCUGGGUUGUAUUCAAGUGGACCAGUCAACUGUAGCUGUCAAGGAAACCUUUGGGAAGUUCAAUGAGGUGCUUGAACCUGGUUGUCACUGUUUGCCUUGGUGUUUGGGGAGCCAGCUAGCAGGUCAUCUUUCGUUACGUGUGCAGCAGCUGGAUGUUCGAUGUGAAACUAAAACCAAGGAUAACGUGUUUGUUAAUGUGGUUGCUUCUAUUCAAUACCGGGCACUGGCAGAAAAGGCUGCAGAUGCUUUCUAUAAGCUCAGCAAUACCAGAGCACAGAUCCAAGCCUAUGUCUUUGAUGUUAUUAGGGCAAGUGUUCCAAAGUUGGAUUUGGAUUCAGCCUUUGAACAGAAAAAUGAGAUAGCAAAAGCUGUGGAAGAUGAACUUGAGAAGGCUAUGUCGCAUUAUGGAUUUGAGAUAGUUCAGACUCUUAUUGUGGAUAUUGAGCCAGAUGAGCAUGUGAAGAGGGCAAUGAAUGAGAUCAAUGCAGCUGCUAGAUUGAGGGUGGCUGCCAAUGAAAAAGCUGAAGCAGAGAAGAUUUUGCAGAUCAAGCGAGCUGAAGGAGAUGCAGAGUCAAAAUAUCUUGCAGGUCUUGGUAUUGCUAGACAGCGCCAGGCCAUUGUAGAUGGGCUGAGAGAUAGUGUUCUAGCUUUCUCUGAGAAUGUACCAGGGACAACUUCUAAGGAUGUCAUGGACAUGGUUCUAGUGACCCAAUACUUCGACACCAUGAAGGAGAUUGGUGCAUCCUCAAAGUCCAACUCUGUUUUCAUACCUCAUGGACCUGGUGCUGUGAGAGACAUUGCCACACAGAUCAGGGAUGGUCUUCUUCAGGCCAACUCGACUUAGUAGCAUUGCAAGUUUCUGUAGUAUUUUAAGAGGCUUGGUGAUAUUGCAGAAGGCUUUUUGAUCUUGCUUUCUCUAGUUGUAUAUGGUUCAGAAUCCUCGAUGCAUGGCGUUAAAUGGAAGGUAAUCCCUAGAGAAAAAUAUCAUAGUAUCUAAACUAUAAUCCCAGUGCAUUUCUUUCUAUGCUUAGUAGAAUUAAUAUCGAAAUAAGUUGCAAUGUUGUUCAUAGAACUUAUUGCACUUGGUUGAUGUUGAUAUAGUUACAUAUAUGGGUUUUGGAUAGCAAGUUAAUGAUCUUUCCGAGUCCUUGAAAUAAUGUCAUUGUUCAUUGUUGUAUGUGAAAAUAAGUUAUGAAUAAUUCUGCAUUGGUGGAA